AAAACUUACUUAUCUAUCAUUAUACAUAUUUACAAUGCAUAUUGUAUGUACGUGCCUACCUAAUUAGCGGUCUGAUUAUAAUUUAUCUGCCAGUGUGAGCAAACUUUAUCUCAAUUGAACUUAGGUACUUGUGCCAUUCAAAGUUCAGCAUGCUCCAAAACAUCUUGUUACGGAGGUUAAGUGCUACGAACAGACUAAAAGUACACUUGGAUUUAUUUGGGGACUUUAAACACAAUAAAUUUCAUAUAAACAGUGUUUUUAACAAAUCGAAUAAAGACGAUUUUGUGGAGAUAAAAUUUCAAGGGAAAUCAUUAAGAUUUCCAAAUGUGUGGCUCAGAGAUAACUGCCAGUGUGAACAGUGUUUCCACCAAUCUGCUAAAAGUCGAAUCCUUGACUUGAGCAAAUUCAAUGUUGAUGUCCAGCUCAAAACCGUAGUUCAGGACGAAACAACCGUCCAAAUCACUUGGGACGACAACCAUUCAUCAAAAUACGGACUGCACUGGUUAAAAUUCAGAAGUUUCACUCCUGAGGACCAACUGAAGUACACCAAUACCCUAUACCAACCUGUGAAAAAACUUUGGCACGGUGAGGACUUCCAAAAAAUUUGUUCAAAGCACGAUUACAAUAAAAUAGUUAACUGUGAUGAUGCACUUCAUAAUUGGCUACAGGAUCUUGCCACAUACGGUGUAGUUCUGAUACAGAACACACCACAUUCUAACAUUGCUUUGGAUGGAAUCAUAGAAAGAGUUGGUUUUAUCAAAAGGACUCAUUACGGGGUAAAGUUUGUCGUAGAAAACGUGGCUAAUACCAGCAACGUCGCCUAUCUAUCCAGCAACUUGCAAAUGCACGUUGAUCUGCCAUACUACGAGUACUGCCCGGGAGUCAACAUGCUACACUGCUUAGUGCAAACCGUGAGUGAAGGAGGAGAGAAUCUUCUAGCAGACUGUCACUACACAUCAUGUUACAUGAAGGAGCAUCAUCCAGAAGAAUACAAACUCUUAACAGAGACCGAUGUCGAAUGGAGUGAUGUGGGUGUCGAACACGGUAACGAAUUCUUCAAGUUAUACAGAUCGCCCGUUAUAUGCUUGGAUAGACAUGGUGCAGUUAAAAGGAUAAACUUUUCGGUGCCGCAGCGAGGCAGCCAUUUUCCUGGCUCCAUUGAAACUGUUAAGCCGUGGUACGAAGCUCACGGGCUAUUUUACGAGCUAAAUCAAAAGUUCGCUGCCAAGUUCAAGACGAAAGCAGGAGAUAUUCUUGUGUUUGAUAACAUCAGAUUGUUACACGGGAGAAAUGCGUACGAAGAUAAAUCUGGUAAUGUUAGGAAGCUUCUGGGAGCAUACGUGGAUUGGGAUGAAAUAUAUUCCAGACUUAGAUGCUUAAAAGCAAAACUUUACCCUGUGGAAGGAAUAUAAAUAUCUAUGAUAUACAAAUUAUGAUUUACAUUAAGUUGAAGAAGGCUCUUCCCAGGUAUGGGGGGGGGGGGGGCGUAUGUAUUAGCCACCUGACAAUUUAAAAAAAAUCAUUGCUAUUGAACUUAAAACAUGUAUUUUUCUAAAAUUACCUUUUCUUAUCGAAAACAAAUGUAUUUUUUUUAUUUCUAUUUUUUUUUAAUUAGCUUCAUAGCUAAACAAAACAAGUACCUUAUCUUUGACUUUUACUUUUAAUCUUAGUUUUUAAUACUGUUAAGUUAGUUCUAUAUUAUUGUAACUAACACUAAUAUCACAUCAUAGACCUAUAAAUACUCUAUCACAUCUGAAUCAUAACUCUACUUAAAUUACAAGCAUUAUAAAUUAUAUUUUACAGCAGGUAGAAGAUGCCUGCUAGAAAAGAUUACAUAUUAAGAUAUUAUAGAACUUAGAAAGAGACAACUGUCAGCAUAGAGCAUUGUCUCUGUUACUCAUAGGAUAUGGUCAUACCUAUGCGAUGUUUUGUCUCGGACUUGUCAAUCUGAACAACGAAGACAACACUCUAUAAAGUGGACUGGCAGCCUUCAUCGCCAGCACAAAGCAAGUGUGUAUUACAAUACUCAAACAUAAAAAUUAUUACUCAUAACAGUGAACAAAAAGCGUAGAAACCACAUUUUUAAUUUGAAAAUAGGGGCCACAUUUGGGCCACAUACGAAAAAAAUUAAAACAGUAGGUCAAUUCUGGUAAACCUGCAUUAAUCAUUGCUGUUCAUUUUGGUUUAACAAACAUAAUUAUUAUUUGACAAGUUUAUUCCAGGAUUAAUAAGCAAAAGAUAGAUAAUACAGCAAACCUAACUUAAACACAUUAACUUGUUAGUAGGUACAAGUGGAACUAAAAGUAAUAUCACAAUCAGCUUUACUGGGUUUAGAUUUUUAACUUACUAUAGUAUAGUGAGUGCAAAACAAGAGUUCAAUCUGUCCACGAGGCAUAAUAUGAUU